GGAUAAUCAAGGCCUCAACGUUCUCAUAUCACGCGAGCCUCGCUCACGAAUCCAGCAUGUCCGACAAGCAGAUAAAGCCCGAAGAGAUUGAAAAAUACUGGGAAAUUUUCGCGACGCUCACAAACAAUGGGAGCCACCUCAACGGCUCGCAGGCAGCUCCCGUACUCAAGAACAGUGGUCUGCCGGACAGUCAGCUAGAGCGAGUAUGGGACAUUGCAGACAUUGAUAAUGACGGAAAUCUGGACUUUGAGGAGUUCUGCGUCGCCAUGCGCUUAAUAUUUGACCUCGUCAAUGGGGUAACUUCCGACGUGCCAAGGGCGCUGCCAGAUUGGCUCGUCCCAGAAUCCAAGGCACAUUUGGUACAAGCAAGUCGUGCCCUCACGGGCAACGCUCCGCAGUUCGAGCGCGUCGACGAUGACGACGACGACGGCUCGGGCCUCAAGGACGGCUUCGACUGGUACAUGUCACCGCAGGACAAAGCCAAGUACGAAGAGAUCUAUACGGCAAACAAGAACGCGCGGGGAGAAAUAGCAUUUGGCUCCCUGCAGCCUCUGUACGACUCCCUCGACGUCCCCGACACGGAUAUUCGUUCGGCGUGGAACCUGGUCAACCCGUCUGCAAGAGGGGAGAUCGGAAAAGACGCCACGCUCGCGUUCCUGCACAUCCUCAACAACAGACACGAGGGUUACCGGAUCCCUCGCACCGUGCCUGCCUCCCUUCGAGCCAGCUUCGAAAAGCGCGACAUCGACUACAACCUCGACCGCGUAGGUUCGCCCUCCGCGUCCUCCCGGUGGGCCACGAACAGAGACGAAAGCACGUCUACCGGCCGUAAGGCCAAGUUCGGUGAUGCUUAUCUCACGCGCCUUGGUGUUGGCGACAGAGGGGGUUCCUACAAAUCAAAGGGCACCGAUUUCUCGCACACGCAGCAGGAUCCGGAGUGGGACGAGGUGCGGCUGAAGCGCCAGCUUAAGGACAUUGAGGAGAAGAUCGAGCGGGCGGAGAAAGAGGCGAAGAGCAGGAGUGGGAGGCGGACUGAACGCAGCAAGCCUGCGCUUGUGAAGCGCGAAUUAGAGAUGCUGCUCGACUACAAGCGCAAGAUGCUAAAGGAGCUGGAGGAGAAUCGGUACAGUAAUGGAGGCUCCGGGGCAGGCAUUGAGGCCCUCAAAGGAGACAUUGAAGUGGUGAAGGAACAAGUGGAGGGCUUGGAAGCACACCUGAGGGAACGAGAGAAGGUACUCGAUGAUUUGAAGAGACAAAUUGAAAAUGAGCGGGCGAGCAGGUGAAGAGCUAGAUUCCAGCAGUUAAAUCACUCGAAAACUUGCUGCCAGAUAGCGGUGUACAUAGCUUCAAUUAUAUGCCCUUGUACACCUGCUAA